GCCCUGGUGCUGGAUUGGAAAUAGGCUUUUAAAAAAAAAAAGAGCCCCAGCGGCGAUAUAGAGAGAUAGAUAUUAAAAAUACCACAGGCAAGGAGCAGAGAAAUGAGGGAAGAAGCCGCUGCAACCCCCACCUAGGAAAAGCAGAGAAAUCUCCAAGUGACAAUCUGUUUAAAAAAAGCUUGUACCAUGCUGCAAAGCUGACAAUUUGAUGAUACCUCUUCCUCCUCCCGUACCACCCCUUCCAUUUUUCGUCUACACCAAAGAAGGAAGGUGGAGAAAUUUGGCUGUUCCAUCUCUGUUUUCGAUUUGACUUGAGGAUGUGUUGUCUCUUAAAAAAUGUACAAAAGAAGACAAAAAUGGAAGAUUUGUCAAGACCUUUGGUGGUGCUAAACUUGUAGUAGCCCAUUGUUUUAACCGUGAUGAUAUUCUAAAAUUCCAAGUUUUGGCAUUGUUGGUUUGCAUGGCAAAGUAACCGUGGAGAAGCCAGGCUAUCACAAACUUAUGGAUUUUGAUAAGAGAGGGGGUAGGGGUGACACGGAAGAAACAAGAAGAAUGUCAAAAUCCGGUGGGCGGGGAACCAACUGUGGCCGGAGUACGGGGACCAGCUCUGGAGUCUUAAUGGUGGGCCCCAACUUUCGGGUGGGGAAGAAGAUUGGAUGUGGAAAUUUUGGAGAGCUUCGUCUAGGAAAGAAUUUGUACACAAAUGAAUAUGUGGCCAUCAAACUGGAACCUAUAAAAUCCAGGGCUCCGCAACUUCAUUUAGAGUACAGAUUCUACAAACAGCUCGGCAAUGCAGAGGGAAUUCCUCAGGUUUACUACUUUGGCCCUUGUGGAAAGUACAAUGCCAUGGUACUAGAAUUGCUGGGACCUAGCUUGGAGGAUUUAUUUGAUCUUUGCGAUCGAACGUUUUCCAUUAAAACCGUAUUAAUGAUAGCUAUACAGUUGAUUACAAGGAUGGAAUUUGUACACAGCAAAAGUUUAAUAUACAGAGAUGUUAAACCAGAGAAUUUCUUAGUGGGUCGACCAGGGAGCAAACGACAACAUACCAUUCACAUCAUAGACUUUGGCCUUGCCAAGGAAUACAUUGAUCCAGAGACCAAAAAGCACAUCCCAUACCGAGAGCACAAGAGCUUAACUGGGACAGCACGAUAUAUGAGCAUAAACACACACCUAGGCAAAGAACAAAGUCGAAGGGAUGACCUCGAAGCAUUAGGCCACAUGUUUAUGUACUUCCUGCGUGGUAGUUUGCCUUGGCAAGGUUUGAAGGCUGAUACAUUAAAAGAAAGGUAUCAGAAAAUAGGUGACACCAAACGAGCUACCCCAAUUGAAGUCUUAUGUGACAACUUCCCAGAAGAAAUGGCAACGUACCUCCGCUAUGUACGAAGACUUGAUUUUUUUGAGAAACCAGACUAUGAAUACCUGCGAAAACUCUUCACUGAUUUAUUUGAUAGAAAUGGCUUUGUGUUUGAUUACGAAUAUGACUGGGUUGGCAAACCACUACCAACUCCUAUUGGUUCAAUCCAUGCUGACAUACCACUCUCACCACCCAAUCGAGAUAAAGCACCACAACAAACCAAACAGGUGGUCAGUUCAACAAAUGGAGAGCUUAACACAGAUGACCCCACAGCAGGACACUCCAAUGCACCCAUCACAGCCCCAGCAGAGAUUGAAGUGGCAGAUGAUACAAAGUGCUGUUGUUUCUUCAAGAGGCGGAAGAGGAAAACCAUUCAGCGCCAUAAGUGACUCUGGAAGCUGCUGUGAGAUUUACAAGCGUGUUCUGCAACUUUCCAGUCAUAAUUAAUUCAGAAAUCCAUCCCUUUUGUGGCAGGCGUCUGCCGUUGUCUAAGAUCAUGACUUUUCUGCCCAGCAUUUUGGGCUUCUGACAUUGGUACUCUUUUUUGCUGUGAAGUUCAUACUAGUGGACUUGGCAAAUGCACCAUGCAAAGUUUUUACUUCCUUUUCUGUGGGAACCCACGAAAGCAUCGUCUUUGAAAUAAACACCUGAAAUCUGCAUUAAAUAGGGUUAGUUCUCUCAAUGGGAUCAAGGCAGUGUUGAGUUCAAGUUUUUAAAAAGUUCCAGAAUGAAAAAGCAACAAUUACUUCAAGAUUUUGGUGGGCUGCUGAUAUAAUUUGAAACUCAACUCGAGACAUGAUUCAUUCAUCUCCAGUGUUAUAAUUGCGAGUCAUACGAUAAUUUUUUUCUUUAUUUUUUUUUUUCCUUUUGUUUUGAUCAACCUGAAUGCAUGGUGUAGUCACUGUCGUUGGGUACUGUUGGGAUGAGGAAGUGGCCUGCAGGCUUUCCUCACCUUUUAAUUGCACUUUCGAUAACAGUAUGUAAGAGCUUUUGGAUCUGAUUGUGCAAAAACUGUUUCUAUGUACCUUUUUAAGGGAAUACAAAAAUGGUAGGAAAUGUAGCAUGUUUUUAAAUGUAAUAAUGUUUGCAAAAUGUAAAUGAAGCAGUUGCAUUAUUAAACUGGGUAGAAUUAGGACCUGAUAGUUCACAGAAAAAAAAACUUGUUCAAAUUCAGAUCUAGUUUGAGCUUUUGAGAUCCAGAUGGCACAAGGGCCAUAUAUGAACAGGAGGUGGUCAUCGUCUGAAUUUUAGCAGCUGUACCAUGAGAUAAAAUGGCACUUCAGACACGAUAGAGGUGAAUGGGUCAUUUGUGGAGGCACCAUUUAUAUUGGAUCUAGGCAAAGCAACCCAGUUAAUAGGGGAAGGGUUUUGUACAGUUGAAGGCUUCUGUCAUAGUCAUGCCAUAUACUGAGAGAUCAGCAUUCAAGUUUUGUUACCAGUACUCUUAGAGCACGAGGUAAGACAGGAGGAGGAUCUCGUAUUUCAAAGCAUUCGGCGUUGGCAAGUUUACAGCAAAGCACUUUGGAAGGCUUCUAAACAAAAUUCUUGAACUAGUUCAAAUUGUCAAGUAAAAAGUGGGCAAAAGCACUCUGAGACAUCAUGAAGUUUUCAAUUUAGGCAAGAGCAGUGAAGAAGAGUAAGUUAGCAGUCAUUCGAUCAGGCCCAUCAGACAGCAAGGAGAAUUCUUCAGGUUUCAAUGACUUUGUUGGAAAGUUAGUAACGUGAGCAGUGACAAAGUACCUCAAUUUCUGAAUUGGAAGCCACAGCUGUUAGUCUUAAUUAGGACAGAAAUUAAUUUGAAGUAAAUCUUGAUUUCAGAGGUUUACCAAUUACCAGCUUUACCCGUUGCGUUCAAUGUGCUGUAAGCUGUUCGUGUAGCCAUAUUUUUGGUGUGUCGAACUACAAAGAUUUUAUGCACAAUUUUAUUUAGAAAAUCCAUUGUUUUUACUUCAAAGUUCAUUUCAUUUAAAAUGUUACACCAUUUUAGAAUCCACUCUAUCCCCCUUCUGUUUUAAGGCUGCAGGUUUUUCUCAGGAAAUUAGGGUACUUAAAAUGGACCCCUGAUGAGAAUGGGCUAUUGAUUGAUUAUCCAUCUCAAUAGAUUCUUGGUAACUAUAGGUACAAGUAAAACUUGGAUUAUAAACUUCUACCUAGAGUGAAUCAUUGGUCCUGCACAUAACUAAGCUUAUAGGUUACGUACUUUACUGUGAGUCAUCUUUACUGAAGCUGUUUCCAUUGGUGCAGUACCUAACAGGUCUAUUUCUGGUGCAGAGAAACACUCAUCCACAACCAUGUGCAACAUUUUAUUUGUGUAACAUUCAGUUUUUAGUUGGUUAAAAAUUUUUUUGGAUGCUUAAGUGUUGUUGUGGAUUGUGUCCAUUUGCCAAUGAGAUAUAAGGAGGGCAACACAGGAACAAAAGGGUAACAAUGUUGGCCCUGAUCUUCUGUUACCUGGUCUCCACGGUAAACAUUGUUUGAUAUGCUUGCAUCGUAAUAUAUUAAUGAAGAAACUACAGUACUAAGUGAUGGUUUUUGUAUGGAAAUAUGAAGUAAUUCUUUUGCAUUUUCAAUUUUUCUUUCCAAAGUAUCAUUGAGUAUUCAGAGAGUUAGUUUGGCCAAUAUGGUUAAAGCACUCCUGAAACCUAAUUUGCAGGUGUGUCUGGUCCUUUCCACAAGUGAAAAUAUGAAGACAUUUUAAGUGAAAAUUAUGCUUAUUGUUUUUUUCUGAAAUAAUGUUAAGCUUUGUGUUCACAAAUAUCUUGUGAACUACCACAAUUUUUUCUGAAAAUUGAGAAUUCAACAUGUCAGGUAUGUGAGACUACCCAAAGGUUUUUAGCUGAGGCUAGUAUUGCACAGUUGUAUUUUUAUUACGUUCCCACCCCUGAAGUAUAAACUAAUUUACAGUUAGAUAUAGACCUUUCCUGAGAGAAGGCAGAACUGAUUUUGUAACUUCCAAAAACAUGCACUUUUCAUACUGGUGAUCUCAAUUCAGCACAACCAAUGUGUAAUUUCCCUUGGACAGAAAAAUUAUGGAAUUAAGUGCUGAACAGAGAGUAUCUUUAAAAAUAUAAACCUAAUGUUUGGUGGGCUGUUGACGGUCAUACCUUAUUUUAAUACUUAUUGUUGUAUAUAGACUUUCAAAAAUUUAUGUGGGCAGUUUGAGCUGUCAGAAAUGACCAAGAGUUUGACUGUGAAUCAUCUCCAUUUCCACUUAAAUGGAUAGAAAGAGGAGUCACAAAUAAUGUCAUGGUAGCACAGUGGUAUCACCAGCAUGCUGUGCAAUGUUUUGCAAAAUUCACCUGCUGCCUUUUCUGCUAGGAUGGGUCUGUUAUUGGCUGGAAUGCAAUUUAUCAUGAUAGGUAUUAAUGUGACAGUUAAAAUGUAUAUUAAUGUUUAGGUUCCGAUUUUGUAACCUUUUUUUGUGAUAAAUCUACUGCUCAGAAUGGCACUACAACUGAGAAGGUUGAACUCUGCAUUCUGUAAGCUGCCCAGUAAUUUAACACUUACUUGACAUAAAAUGGUCCCUAUCCACAACAAGCACAUGAGCAAUUUUAUUAUGCUGUCAUUAAUUUUGGUGACUGUAAUAAGUGAAAAGAACCAAAUAAAGGGAAUACAAGCAAUUCA